AUGCACCGAAAACCCGUUCAAUUCAAUACACCAUUGAAAGCUCUCGAGAAAUUGGCUGAGGAUGGAUUGAAGGCAGAGUUGGAGCUUCUAGAUAUCACCGAUAAAACCAGCAGACAAAAUUUCGUGGAGGCAAUCAAAAGCAAAUACGGCGAAGUUCACUGCCUCGUCAACAACGCAGGUUUCGCCUUCAAGCAGGCGGCUACCGAGCCGAUCGAUGUUCAGGCAAAGAUCACUUGCGACAUUAACUACUUCGGAACGAGAGAUCUCACAAAGGAGAUGUUGAGUUUGUUUCGGCCCGGAUCACGAAUCGUGAAUGUUGCCUCUUUGGCAGGCAGCCGAGCACUGGAGCAGAUGAAUGCUGAGCGGCGCCACCGCCUCAUGAGCAAGUCUGCAACGGAAGAGGAUAUCAACAAAGUGGUCGAGGAGUUCAUCGCUGCAUGCGAAAAGCAAGAACUCGCCGGUUGGCCCUCUUUGACUUACGGCCUGGCCAAAGCAGCUCUAAUCGCUCUGACGGCUGCGUGGGCCCGCAAGGCAGACAAAUGCCCAGAAGUCAGCAAAGGAGAAGGAAUGAUCAUCACCAGCUGCUGUCCGGGUUGGUGCAAGACGGAUUUGGGCGGCUGGGAGGCUCCCCCACUGACUGCUGCUGAUGGGGCCAACCAGGUGGGGUCUUUGGCGUUGGGGGCAACAAAAGAACACCACGGAAAGUUUAUAAGCGAAGGAAAAAUCAUAGAUCUUCGUGAAGACUAA